UUAUCAGAUGACCAUUUGAUUUUAAAAAGAAUAGACAGCAUAUACACCUCAUUGUUAGCACGAUUUAAAUAUGAAUGCACAUAUUCUUGUUGGAUUUAUAUUGUUUCGCGCUAUCUUUCGGGUCAGAUGCUAUACCGACCUUGAAAACUUCAUUCGCAUUGGUGGCUCACUGGACCCCAACGUUUCUACGGUUGACUACUUCAACGGAUCUGUCUAUGCAAAGGUUAGCGGACACAGUUUACAGAAACUAUUCAAUUUCGAAGGCUACAAUAUAAACAGAAAACUUCUUCAAAACGAUUCUACGUUUCUGUCAUUGUCUCGUGAAUUUGUAGUUUACCGGCAUCCAGUUACAUCUGAGAUAUUGCAAGUAUUUAGUAAUCCUAUCAGUGGAAAAGCCAAUGAGGUAUUUUACGUCGCCAACGAUCCGGUAAAUGGUAUAAUAGACAGUGCUCCCAGGUCAUUUGUUUUACCAGAAAAUCAACCACAAGUGUCCAUUUAUAAUUCUGAUUAUGUGCUGGAAUAUCCGAAUCCGUUAACACCCGACAAGUACAAGCAAUACUCAGCGGGUACAAUUUAUGACGCGGUUGAGCUAUUUGCCUACAUUGUAAACAUACCUGAUCUGCAAACGGACAACAAGAGCAUUCCCAUGUGUGGUACAUGGAUGCGGAAGUCCGAGUUCCUGCCGUGGAUGGAGUUGUCUACAACGCCGGGUUCGCUCUUCUACACGACGCUCGUCUGGAAAUGCAUGGAUGGCCUUCAGUGCGUGUCAUCGGACAUUAUGAAUCUGAUAAAGUCAAAUUUUUCAAAAUAUCAAACCGCGCCAUCGACGGAUGAACAACCGAACGAAACAUCUUGGACGGCGUUUAAGAAAACAAUUGAUCAGCGUCGACUUGCGGGGUUUCCUGACAUUAUAAUUCCGGAUGUAAACAUUUCGUCAAAUGCCAGAGCAAUGGUGUAUAAUAUUGACAAACGUGUCAGUAAAAUUCUAACAGAAGGAAGUCUUACCAUGAGCAUAACCGGAUCUGCACAGUCUGAGAUAGCAGGAAUUUCUUCUCAUAUUUUGUUUGAUGCCAAUGGAGUCGUACACGUGACAUUGCAACCAGAACCACACCGAUCUCAUGCCGAUUAUUCUCUCCAAUUUAUUGGAAAUCUGGUUUUGCUAAACCAUACAACGGGGGAACCAUUGGAAGUGUUUGACAAUCCGAUCACUGGACAGUCGAUAGAUACUAGUCAUAUCUAUAAUCAAUCAUUAAAUGUAAGUCAUUCGUUCAGCAAGGAUUCACUGUUCACAAUCGACAUGCCUUCAUUUAAAGCCGUUGGCUUGAUCGGAGCAAACUCGCCAGCUGAAGAGCCCAACGGCGCCUGGGAAGUAAACCUGUUCAAUUUCAUCUUCCCUUACGAAGAACUUUCUAAGGACCCGACUCAAGCACAUUUCUACGGCUCUUUCUCCACAUUCAAAUCAUGGCCCGACUGGAUGAAAAUGCAUGGAAUAAGCGGGAAUGUCGUUUCAAAAUUCACAGCCUCCAAGUUUUGAGUGAAUCGAGCCUCGCUGAAAUAGUACAAUGCAAAAGUGUGGAUUCAACUCAUAAACAAGUUAAAAAGCUAUGUUUUAAGUUUAUCAUAUGAAUUAAAGUGUAUGUACAUUACAGACAACGAAUGCGUAUAAAUAAUUAACCUACUGUAAUGUAGCCCUAAACAUGACUUAAUUAAAGCCACACACCUUGAAAUGAAAUACAUGUUAAUCAAUACAUAUAGAUGCAAUUUGAAACUGUGCAAAAUUGUCAUACAAUCUAUAGCCUAGUUAGCAAGUAUUUUAUUUAUUUUUUUUAAUUUUAAAACCGAAAGUAGGAUUUCUAUAGGUAUACGUAUAUUUCGACAAAUGCGAUUAGUUUUAAGUUUUAAAGCGAAAAUAGACGGAUUAAUACCUUGUUACCACCAGAUAUACUCUAAUUGGCAUAGAUAAAAUUAAAUAUAUAGCCUAGUUAGCAAGUAAUUCAUUAUUUUUCAAACGGUACCACUUUUAAAACCGAAAGUAGGAUUUCUGGACAUAUACGUCCAUUUUGACAAACGCGAUUAUUUUUAAAUUAUUAAAGCGCAAAAAGACGGCUUUCUACCUUGUAACCACCAGAUAUAUUCUAAUUGGCCUAUAUAAAAUAUGUUUCUUGUUUAUACUUAAAAUUAACUAAGCCAUGUAGUUCAUUUCAAGGUGUGUGGCUUUAAAAAGAAUUGUUGUAAAUGUGCAUUAAUCAGUGUUCGCAUCUCCCCAUUGCUCCGGGACUCUGUGCCUUCAAAUAUAUAGAACCCAAUCGGAUAUGUUUCAGUCCUUUAUUUGCAGCCAUUUAUAUAACUCGAUGUUUUUCAGUCAUUAAAAGACCUAAUUUAUAAACAAGUAUACCAAUAGCAAAAAUUGUAUUCGCAAUUAUAAAAACAUGCUUGUUGGAAAUCAAAUUGUUUAGAAUCUAAUGUCAAAUGCAAAUAUUCAACCGUGUGCAUCGCUGCUUAUAUGUCUGUUUUUUUUCAAUAAUGCGUGUAUUUUAAUGUUUUGUUAAUAAAUUCACAAACAAA